AUGGAUUCUUUAAUUGAUAUUCAAAACCACUAUGAGAACAGGGUUUUACCGUAUAACCCUGAUUUGCUCUCUCAUAAACUAGAUUCCUGGCUAAAGGAACUAGGUGUUGACGUUGAAAAGUAUAAAAAUGAGAUUACAGAUAUUUUAUCCAGUAGAAAAUACCGAUAUUACCGGAAAGUCGGUGACUGUAAUUUCCCCAAUGAUAGCAUCGUUAACUGGAUCCGGGAUGUCGAGGUUUACAAUACUAUUGGGAACAUUCCAUCCAGUUGUUAUGGCAUAGACGCAUCAAGUGCUGCCGUAGUUGAUUCCCUGCGACUCAGAAAACUUUCCGGUUCUGAGGAGGCUUGGAUUUUGGACAUGUGUUGCGCUCCUGGAGGAAAGCUCUUCGCCACAAUAGACAGUGCAGAUAAGAUAAAUAGUGAUACCAAGUGGAAUAUUAUAGGCUUAGACUCCUCAAUUCGAAGAAUUGAGCUUUGCAAAGCAAUGCUCAGGAAGGAAUUAUUUAACAGGGACAAAAUAGACGUUAGCUUUAAGCAUAUCAACUCUCAGGAGUUUUCAGAAUACAACGGUGAAUCUAUGCUUGAGAAGUUUGAUCGGAUAAUCCUGGACGCCGAAUGCACUCUCGAGGGCUCUCUGAGAUCAGUAAUCAGAACCCUUAGAUUCUGGGGGAUUAAAUGGCUUGAAAAUAGCUGGAACCGAGAAUACGCUUCAAAGAUAAUAACUAACCAGCGAGAACUGUUAACUCAGGCUAUAAAAUUACUCAAGCCUGGAGGCUUUAUAGUGUAUAGUACGUGUUCUCUCGACAAGGAGCAAAACGAGUACUUGCUCUGCGAUGUAAUUAAAAACUUUCCAAAUGUCAAGUUCCAUCCUCUUCCCGUCCACAGCUGUCUCUGUUGUUCUUACAACUAUGGAGAAAGGCAUGAAACCUGGCCCGCUGAAUCCUGUGACCGCACCCUUAGACUUAAGUGCUCAAGAGACUAUUUCUACCCCGUUAUUGCAGGUUGUGAUAACAGAUAUUCACCUUCCGCUGUUCGGUUCGUUCCCUUAAAUGGAAUAACUGAUGGACUUUUCAUCGCACUAUUGUUUAAAACUAUUUAA